AGGAUAGACCAUGGACAGUCCAUGCACCGUCAAAAAGCCCAGUCAGAAAAAACCCAGACGGGCCAUACGCUAACCCGUUCACUGACAAAUGCUCUCCCUCUCUUCUAUCAGCACUGAAGGGAGACUGGGAGAGAUCCGAUCAGAACACCCCUUCCAAACCAGAAAAGGAAAAAAGGAAAAGAAAACAAAUCCCUAUUAGCCGAGUUAAACACAGUGUGACUCCAUUUUGGAACCCGGUACCUGUACACCAAUGGAUCCAGCUAGCACGCCGCUAGGCAAAAUGCUAAUGGAGGAAAUAACUCCGGUAGUCAUGGUGCUCCGGACGCCACUCGUAGAAGAAGCAUGCAUCAAGAAUGGUCUCUCUUUCGUUGAGAUGCUUAGUCCUUUUUGCAACUUCAGUAACAUCGACGUUCCUGUACGGACAUCGAGUGAUCAACCUUAUAGGCUGCACAAUUUCAAAUUGAGGUUAUUUUAUGAAUCGGAUAUUCGGCAACCAAAUCUAGAGGUAGCAAAAGAGAGACUGAAGCAUGUUAUUACCCAGGCUGGGGAGAAAGAUCAUACUGACUUGAGCUCAGAUUCGCCUCCUAUUGCUGAUGCACUAGCUAGCUCUGAAUCUGAAAGUUUACCUUCAUGGUUUCAAUUUGUCAACGAAGAGCUUGUCCGCACUGUGUCUUUUUCAGACCAUGAAGCUUUUGACCAUCCUGUGGCUUGUCUUCUGGUUGUUUCUUCAAAGGAUGAACAGCCUAUCAACAGAUUUGUUGACCUGUUCAAUACUAACAAGUUGCCCUCUCUUCUUAACGAUGGGGCCAUGGACCCAAAGAUUUUGAAGCAUUAUUUGUUGGUGCAUGAUAAUCAAGAUGGCUCUUCAGAGAAAGCAACAAAGCUUCUAACAGAGAUGAAAAAUACAUUUGGUUCUAAUGACUGUCAUGUGCUUUGCAUUAAUUCUUCUCAAGAUGAGCAGAUUAAACAUGAUGAAAACCUCUGGGCUUCUUGUAAGGCGGCGAUUUCUCCGAAUCAGCACCUUGGUUGUUUUCUUAAUAUUGAUGAUCUUAAGGAGAUAAAAGACCUGAUGCAGGAAUUAUCAUCUAAAUACAUCAUUCCUUACAUGGAGCAGAAAGUUCGUGUGCUCAAUCAGCAGGUAUCUGCUACAAGGAAAGGUUUUAGAAACCAAAUUAAAAACUUGUGGUGGAGAAAAGGGAAAGAAGAUACACCAGAUUCCCUCGAUGGUCCCAUGUAUACUUUCAGUUCUAUUGAGUCUCAGAUUAGAGUUUUGGGUGACUAUGCUUUCAUGUUAUGGGAUUAUGAACUUGCAUUAUCAAAUUAUCGGCUAAUAUCCACGGAUUAUAAGCUUGAUAAGGCUUGGAAGCGCUAUGCUGGUGUCCAGGAAAUGAUGGGCCUUGCAUACUUUAUGUUGGAUCAGUCCAGAAAGGAAGCAGAAUAUUGCAUGGAAAAUGCAUUUAGUACUUAUUUAAAAAUGGGGCUGUCUGGUCAGCAAAAUGCUGUACGUUGUGGUCUUUGGUGGGUAGAAAUGUUAAAGACAAGAGAUCAAUACAAAGAGGCUGCUGCUGUUUACUUUCGCAUUUGCAGUGAGGAAAUACUACAUUCAGCUGUUAUGCUUGAGCAAGCAUCUUAUUGCUACCUGUUGUCUCAACCACCCAUGCUACACAAGUAUGGAUUUCAUCUUGUUCUUUCGGGUGAUCGCUAUAGAAAAUGUGAUCAGAUUAAACAUGCAAUACGCACAUAUAGAAGUGCUAUAUCGGUUUACAAGGGAACUACAUGGAGCUACAUCAAAGAUCACGUUUAUUUCCAUAUUGGACAAUGGUAUGCCUUUCUUGGGAUGUACGAUGUAGCUGUGACACAUAUGUUGGAAGUCCUGACAUGUAGUCAUCAGUCCAAGACAACACAGGAGUUAUUCCUGCAAGAAUUUCUUCAAAUUGUUCAGAAAACAGGGAAAACAUUUGAGGCAUUAAGACUUCAGUUACCUGUUAUCAAUAUCUCAUCGCUCAAGCUUGUUUUUGAAGAUCAUAGAACUUAUGCAUCACCGGCAGUUGCAAGUGUUAGAGAAAGUGUGUGGCGAUCAUUAGAGGAGGACAUGAUUCCAUUGUUGUCUGCUGCCAAGAGUAACUGGUUGGAAUUGCAAUCAAAAGUUGUACCAAAAAGUUUCAAGGAUGCAAACAUUUGUGUGGCUGGAGAAGCGAUAAAGGUGCGGAUUGAAUUUCAGAACCCCUUGAAAAUACCUAUUUCAUUGAGUAGUGUGUCUUUGAUAUGUGAGCUUUCAGGGUCAGAUGACAUGAAUUCCGAUGCAGGUAGCUCAGCCACAGAACAUCAGAAUGACGAGGAGUGUAAAAAAUUAGGGGAUUUGACCUCUGACAAUUCUUUAUUUACUUUAUCAGAGGCUGAUUUCACAUUGGAAGGCGAUGAAAAAAUUUUGGUGCAUUUGACAGUCACUCCGAAAGUAGAAGGCAGUCUCAAAAUUGUUGGAAUUAGAUGGAAAUUGUCAGGUUCAGUGCUGGGCUACUACAACUUAGAGUCCAAUCUUGUAAAGGGGAAAAUCACAAAAGGAAGGAGGAAGGCUAAGCACUCCCCUAAAAGUUACCUGAAAUUUAUAGUGAUCAAGAAUCUACCCAAGUUGGAGGGAAUUAUUCAUUCUUUACCUGAAAAGGCAUAUGCAGGAGACUUGCGGCAUCUUGUUUUAGAGUUGAGGAACCAAUCAGAGUUCUCUGUAAAGAAUCUGAAAAUGAAGAUCAGUAAUCCUAGAUUCAUGAGUAUUGGGAAUGGUGAAGAUUUGAACUGCGAAAUUCCAGAAUGCUUAGAGAAGAAGACAGAGUUUGAACAAAUUAGUGUACCUGCUGAUUCCAAGAAAGAGCUGCAUGACAUUUUUGUAUUUCCAGAGGAUAUCUCAAUAGAGAGAGAGAAACCUUUAUCGUGGCCUCUUUGGCUUCGAGCUGCUGUUCCUGGAAAAAUUUCCUUAUAUAUGGUUGUUUACUAUGAGAUGGGGGAUGCAUCAAGUAUCAUGAGAUACCGCACUUUACGCAUGCAGUAUGAUUUGCAGGUAUUACCAUCACUAGAUCUGUCAUUUGCAAUCAGUCCUUGUCCAUCAAGAUUGCAAGAGUUCCUUGUGCGUAUGGAUCUUGUCAACAAAACUAGUUCAGAGAGUUUCCAGGUUAAUCAGUUAUCAUGUGUUGGACACCAAUGGGAAAUUUCUCUGCUUCAACCUCCUGAUGCCAUCUUUCCUUCACAAUCUUUAAUUGCUGGUCAAGCAUUCUCAUGUUUCUUCAUGCUUAAGAGUCGUAGGAAAUCAUUAGGCACUGGAGAAAAAAUCUUGUCUCUUUCUCGUUUUCCUGGAAGUGAUGUAAGGUUGACUCCUGAGGACAGCAAAAAUACUCUUUUUGAUAUAUCUAGCUCACCUUUGGCUGAUUUUCAUGAUUAUGAAAGACUGCAGCAUGAAACGUCUAAUCAGGAAAGUGUGAAUACGGUGGAUCUCAUUUUGAUCUCUAGGCUGCUGAAAAGUGAUAACGCUACUGGGAUAUCUAAUCCUCCCCAUUUAUUUUCUCAUCAUGCAUGUCAUUGCAGUACUGCUAGCACAAGCCCAAUAUCAUGGAUAGUGGAUGGGCCUCGGUUCAGACGGCAUAAGUUUUCUGCUUCGUUUUGUGAAGUUAAUUUAAGAAUGCCCGUCUACAACUCAUCAGAUGCUGUUGCAUCUGUGGCCAUUAAUACCCUUGAUUCUACCAGUGGCAAUGGUCAAUUAAGUGAUGCGAGUGCAGUUACUUCUAGAAACCAAACAGGUUGGCACCAUCUAUCUCUGGAGAAUGACAUUAAAAUAAUUUCUGAUGUUCCUGAAACCAAUGUGGCAAGGUUACAAUCGCCAGAAAGCGUCUCCCCAUUCAUUUGGUCUGGCUCAAGCUCUACCAGAAUUCAACUUGAGCCAUUGUCCUCAACUGAGAUUCCUCUUCAGAUUUGUGUAUUUUCCCCUGGUACAUAUGAUUUAUCAAACUAUGUCUUGAAUUGGAAUCUUCAGCCUGUUAACAAUGAAGGAAAUGUAGGAGAGACAACACAAAUCUCAGGAACUAGCCCAGGAUAUCCUUACUAUCUUACUGUGCUCCCAUCUGAUUGAGAUUUGGGCUCACAGUUUUUCUUGGCUUCCUUUCUUGUUUCUUAAAAUGUACUAAUUUUUGUAUACUUUCCAUGUAAAUUAUUAUUCCAAUGUAUUUGUUUUCUUUUUCUUUUUAUUACAAAAAGUAGGUAUUGAUAGAAAUCACAGAGUAAGCAGGAAACAGGCUACAUUCUUUUGUCCCUUAGAAUAAUAGUGAGAAUGAAACGAUUGUCUUUGAUUUUAAUUAUGUAUUGGUACUUUUUUUGGUCACAUCGCAAUGGACCGAUUUGUUCUUAGUUUUA